AGGUGACGUCAGCCGCGAGCGUAAACAAUGAUUCUACAUCCGCUUCUCCUGAACGGACACGUUUGUUUUUAAAAGGGUCGGUGUGUAAUUUCGUAUGAAGAUGUGAGCGAGAAACACAGACGAACAGGCUUUGGACACAAAGCCUUGAGAUGGAGAAGAUGAGCAGGGUCAGCACCAUCGGUGGCCGUACCGUGUUUUGUCACCUGGAUGCACCUGCCAACGCCAUCAGUGUGUGUCGGGAUGCUACGCAGGUGGUGGUUGCCGGGCGAAAUAUUUUCAAGAUUUACGGUCUGGAGGAAGAUGGUUUCGUGGAGCGGCUGAACCUGCGCGUGGGCCGCAAACCCUCGCUGAACUUCAGCUGUGCGGACGUCAUGUGGCAUCAGAUGGAGGAGAACCUGCUGGCCACCGCCGCCACUAACGGAGCCGUGGUGACGUGGAAUCUGGCGCGGCCCUGCCGUAACAAACAAGAGCAGCUGUUCACCGAACACAAGCGCACGGUCAAUAAAGUCUGUUUUCACCCCACUGAGGUCAACAUGCUGCUGUCUGGCUCUCAGGACGGAUUCAUGAAGUGUUUUGACCUGCGCAAGAAGGAGAGCGUCAGCACCUUUUCUGGUCAGUCUGAGAGCGUGAGAGAUGUGCAGUUCAGUAUUAAGGAUUAUUUCACGUUCGCGGCCUCGUUCGAGAAUGGAAACGUGCAGCUGUGGGACAUUCGCAGACCCGACCGAUACGAGAGAAUGUUCACCGCGCACACCGGACCCGUCUUCUGCUGUGACUGGCACCCUGAGGACAGGGGUUGGCUCGCCACAGGCGGACGUGACAAGAUGGUGAAAGUCUGGGACAUGUCGACUAACUGCGUGAAGGAGAUCUACUGUGUUCAGACCAUAGCGUCGGUGGCCAGGGUGAAGUGGCGUCCGGAGCGCAGAUAUCACCUGGCCACCUGCUCCAUGAUGGUGGACCACAACAUCUACGUGUGGGACGUCCGCCGGCCAUUCAUCCCCUUCGCGACCUUCGAGGAGCACAAAGACGUGACCACAGGAAUCGUGUGGCGGCACCAGCACGACCCCUACUACCUGCUGUCGGGGUCCAAGGACAGUACGCUGUACCAGCACAUGUUUAAAGACGCCAGCAGACCCAUCGACCGCGCCAAUCCUGAGGGACUCUGCUUUGGGCUGUUCGGUGACCUGGCGUUUGCUGCUAAAGAGAGUCUGAUGAGCGUUUGUUUUUGUGUCAUACAGGAAUCAACCACAUGGACGAUGCUGCGAAUCAUGUUUUCAGAGCCGGCUAAUCCGUCCUUGUCAAGCAAUCACAAUCUGAAUAAAUCAGGAAACCUCCCGCUCGUCAACAGCUUUAGUAUGAAGGAGAUGAGCACUGCUCUCAAUGAGAGAAACAAAGAAAACAGACAAGACAACCUCCACAGCCUGGAGACCAACCUCAACAACAAUGACGAGAACGAGGAGACGGAGGGCAGCGAGGGACAGGCGGAGUAUCUGUUUGGAGACGCUGAACUGGAUGACGAUGAUCUCUACAGCAUGGAGCACGACAACCAGGCAGCAGAGGAACCCGAGUACCUGCUCCCUCAGGAGGCGUUCCCGUUACGGCACGAGAUCAUGGACCAUCCCUCGGCCCCGGAGCCGGUGCAGGAGAAGCCCGAGUCGCCUCACGUGAGCGGGAGCGAAGCUGAGAGCACGUGCCUGACUUCCAUGGAGUCCUUCAGUCUCAUUUCCGUCUCGCAGCUGCUUUUCUCGCCUCACCUGCCGCCCAAGUUCUUCUGCCCUAUCGUGAAGAAGAUGCUGUGCUACUACGCCAAGCAGGGCGACGUGCAGAUGGCCGUGUCCGUGCUGAUCGUACUGGGCAAACGCAUCCGCAAGGAGAUCGACGAGCUCACGCAGGAACACUGGUACAUGUCCUACAUCGACCUCCUGCAGCGCUUCGAGCUGUGGAACGUCAGCAACGAGGUGAUCAAACUGAGCACGUGCGGCGCCAUCAUGUGUCUGAAUCAAGCCUCCACCACCUUACACAUCAACUGCAGCAACUGCAAGCGACCAAUGAGCAACAAGGGCUGGAUUUGUGACAGGUGCCACCAGUGUGCGAGCGUGUGUGCGGUGUGUCAUCACGUGGUCAAAGGCUUGUUUGUGUGGUGUCAGGGCUGCAGUCACGGAGGACACCUGGAGCAUGUGAUGGAGUGGCUGAAACAGUCCAAACACUGUCCGGCCGGCUGCGGACACCUGUGUGAAUACACCUGACACACACACACACACGAGACACGCUGGACUCUCUAGCAGAGGACCGGUCAGGCUGCUACUUAUGAGGAAAAAUAAGUAUAACUAAUGAUUAGAUGAUAAUCAAACACAAAGGGAAUCUGUAUCUUUAGCACAUUCGAUUGUGUGCUAAAAAACAAUCAGCCAACUUUUUUUUAUUUUUUGGAGAUUUUGUUUUAUAAAUACAAUCUAAUGUAUAUAAACUGUAGCUGAGAUGCACUUGGCUUUGGGAAUAUGAUUUAUUCACCUUGAAAAUACUCUGGAAAAUUGUGUAAAUGACGAACACAUUGCAUUGAAAUCAGAUUUAUUUAAACUGAAACACUGGUGUUUGCCAAUAAA